AAUGCGCUAAUGGCCGCCGCGCUCUAUCUACCUAAUCACUAAACAGCUGAUGUGCGUCGUUUGGGAUUUCAAUGAAGAAAUUUGUGUUUUCUUUCAUUAAUUUCAUAUAGUUACUUAGAUGAUACGCAAGCUGCAUUACUCUUUUGUGUGGAUAUCAGGAUGUCACUGACCAUACAACAAAUUAUUUUGGACGCAAAAAGACUCGCAGGUCGGCUCAAAGAGCGUGAGACUGAAGCGGAUGCAUUGUUAACAGAAACUCAAACAGCUUACAGGCAAAUUCACACAAUGAAACAGUAUAAAGAGGAAGUUGAUACUUUAAAUGAGGCAUCACGUGAACGUCCGCGUGGAGCUCUGAUUGCUAGUAUAGAACGUGAAUCCCGUUUAAUGCGUGAUGUUCAACGUGAGAAUGGGGAACUUCGAGCGGCUUUGGAAGAUCAUAGACGUGCACUGGAACUGAUAAUGUCGAAAUAUCGUCAACACACAGAGAAAAGAAUAUGGGAAUCGAGAAUAGAUUUCACUGCUGCUGUUAAUGAAAAACAACAGGAGUUAAUUCGCCAACAAGCAGAGAGAAUCAAUGAGAUGACUAGCAUCAUGUACAAAGCUGUUAAUACAGAUGAGAAUGGUGACUCCAGGAAAGAAGAAGAACUAUACCAAAGGCUCAUAACAGAGAAUAAGGGUUUGAGAGAAAUGUUAGAUUUGUCAAGGCGAUACGGUUCUGAUCGAGAGUGGCAACCGCCGACAGCAGACAAAGAUGUGCAAACAGAGGAGCGACCGCAAGUGGGCGCGUGACGUCCUGCGGUAGAGCCCUGCCGCCUCUGAAUGAGUGUCAAUCGACGGCUGCGCAUUUGUUGCCGAGUAUACUCAUAGGUAGAAUACACGACCCCUGUCAGCACAUUUGACUCCUUUUCCUGGAAGUCCCUUUUUUAACCCCAAUGCAACCUAUACCAUAACAGGCAGAUGUGCGGGCGGGUAGUCGUUUUGCUGACAACAGUCGCCGUUCCAAUAUACAACUUAUAUUUUGACUGUUACACACAAAUUUUGGAUGUUAGGUCUAUUGACGGUAUCUAUCAUUAUUCAAAUUUUGCUACAAGACGUGAGUGUGACAUAAAUACAGCGAAUAAAUACCAUAUAGCUAUAAAUAAAAUAAUGACGUUUUGUUUUUUAAUGGAUUGUAUUUGAUGUUGAAAUUAUAAAUAGAAUUAAUAUUUAUUAUCGCAUUUCAUGCUCCAGCUCAUGUUAUGUCUGUGUAAUGGUGGAAUGCAUCUGUUUCGAGGGUUGUUCUUAGUUAGUAAUGCCAAGUGAAACCAAAUCACUUAGUAUGGCAGUAACUGUGAUCUUUAGUAUUGCUGUUAAGUUGUAACUGUCGAUUUUACAUGUUCAUUUAUUAACAUCCGCAAUGAACCAUGGUGUAAGAACAAAAUUAUUAAUAAAAGAACAAAA